CGGCCCCGCGCGGGCGGGCGCAGCCGCGGCGCGUUCUGCGAAGCGCGGCAGGUGCGUGGCCGGCCUCCCUCUUCUCAGCAGCUCGCUCGCCGCCUGAAUCCUCGGGAUCCCAGCGCGGCCGGGCCGAGGAGCUGGCAUGGCCUGAAUGCCCGCGGCGACGGCGGCGGCGGCGGCAGCAGCAUGGGGAACCAGGACGCGAAGCCGAAGAGGAGUGCGGGCGAUGCCCCGCACGGAGGCGGAGGCGGCGGCGGCGGCAGCGAGGACGCCGCCGGGCUCCGCGAGGCCGAGGGCACAAAGAAGGCGGGCGGGGGCAAGAAGGCGCCGGGCCGGCACGGCAAGGGGGGCGGCGGUGGGGAGCCGGGCAGGAAGAAGAGCCGGUCGGACCCCAGGGCCUCGGUCUUUUCCAACCUGCGCAUUCGGAAGACCCUGUCCAAGGGCAGAGGUGCUGGCGGCUCCCGUGAGGAUGUGCUGGACUCCCAGGCCCUGCAGGCCGGCGAGCUGGACAGCGCCCACUCCCUGGUCACCAAAAUCCCGGACCUCAGCCUCUCGGCCGACGAGACGGGCCUGUCCGAUACGGAGUGUGCCGACCCUUCCGAGGUGACGCGGCCCCGGGGCCCUGGCUCCGCCGGGGUCGGGAGCCCGGCGGUGGCCGAGGAUUCGGAGACUGCGGCGGGGGUGCAGGAUGGACAAAGGACUAGCUCGGGCUCAGACACAGACCUCUACAGCUUUCACUCGGCCGCGGAGCAGGAGGACUUGCUCUCGGACAUCCAGCAGGCGAUCCGUCUCCAGCAGAUGCAGCAGCAGCAGCAGUCCCUGAGCCCCGAGUCGCCCCCGGCGUCGCCCCCCUCCGCUGCCCCCCCGCCCGGGGCCCUGCCGGGCCUGGACCGACCCCCGCCGGGCCCAGGCGCCGAGGCGGCGCCGUCCGCACGCCCCGACCGGCCCCCGGCUGCAGAACAGCCCGCGGCCGCCGCCUUGCCGUCUCCCGGGUCGGCUCCCGGGGAGCGAGGGGCCGCGGACACGGACGAGGAAGGCGAGGAGGACGCUUUCGAGGACGCGCCUAGAGGCUCUCCGGGGGCGGAGUGGGGCCCGGCGGCGGGAGAGGCCCCGCGCAGGCCGGGGGCGACGCGCGAGGAGGGCGCGCCGAGGCCCAGCGUCUCCGCGGCCGCCUCCCCGCCCUGCAGCCCGGCGCGCAGCCCGCGCUGCUCCCGGGCCCGCCCGCUCCUGGCGCCCUGCUACGUCAGGACCACCACCCGGCAGCUCAGCUCUCCCGGGCCCUCCCCGGCCCCGUCCCCCAGCCAGAGCCCCCGGGUCCAGAGACGGCCGGAGUCCUCCCUGGACCGGGGGUCCGGAGCCGUCGCGGUCCCCGCCGCCGCUGCCGCCGCCCCGGCCAGGAAACCCCGCGCGGGCCGCAGCCGCUCGGCCGAUUGGACCGCGGAGCUGGGCCGAGCGCCCGGGGCGGGGGUCUCGGCGCACCUGGCGCAGCGCGGGGCGGGCGGUCUUCAGGACGUGUUCGCAGGGCGGACUCUGCUGGAGAAGCUGUUCAACCAGCAGGAGAACGGGCCUCCAGAAGAAGCAGAGAAGUUCUGCUCGCGGAUCAUAGCCAUGGGUCUCCUUCUUCCUUUCGGUGACUGCUUCAGGGAGCCGUGUGGUCAGGAUGCCCAGUCCAGCUCAGCUCCGUUUGAUCAAGAUCAACUUUACACCUGGGCUGCAGUUAGUCAACCUACACACUCACUGGAUUAUAUAGAAGGGCAGUUUCCCAGGAGAGUCCCAGCUGCUUGGCCACCGUCUAAACCUCCUGAUGAAGAACACAGGCCCAAGGAUGCUGACACAGAGUCUCAAUCUGCUGUUUUAGAAACUCCGAAAAAAUAUUCAGAUGCUGCUCAGCAGGAAGUUUGUGACAUGAAAUCUGAGGGUCAGGCCACUGUCAUUCAGCAGCUGGAGCAGACCAUUGAGGAUCUGAGGACCAAAAUAGCUGAGCUAGAGAAGCAGUACCCGGCUGCAGACCUGGAGGCGGCCACCUCUGGAGACACGUGUCUGCGAGCUCUCAGUUUGGGAGAAAAGGAAGUAGGGCAUAAAAGGAUUUUACAGGCAAAGUCCAUCCAGACGUCCCCGACAGAGGAGGGUGGGACACUGACACAUCCUCUCAUGGGUGCCCUGCCUGAGGCCACGAGUGGAGACUCAGCCGGGGUGUCCUCACCUCCCGGACCUCAGAACAAGUUCUGCGCAGAGAUUUCUUUGGUUGUGUCUCCAAGGCGAAUAUCAGUUCAGCUCGAUGCACAUCCAUCCCUCCAGGCUCCACCACCCAUGUCACCGCCCUGGUCUGACAGUCAAGGACAGGCGAGCUCACAGCCUUCCCAUCCUUAUUUUCACACGGAGUUUGAAACCAGCCACGAGCACUCUGCUUUCCCCUCCUCUGAAAACAGCCAUGACAUCCCUACUGCACUGCCUCUGUCUCCCAAGUUCUCCCACCAGAUGCCUGGUCUGGGCACCGUGGCUCCUCCAUGGACCCCACCCCAUGUCGUGCCUGAGCCUGCACUUCCCAGCCCACCGUGCCCCUCACCUCCUCCUCCGCCUGGUCCAGAGAUGCUGCCACGCCCUCCCCUACCUUUGCCUGGUGAGGGAAUUCCUUCCGUCCCCCCUCUUCCCACAGUAGGAAUUCCUCCUGCCCCCCCUCUUCCCAGUGUGGGAAUUCCUCCCGCCCCCCCUCUUCCCAGUGAAGGAAUUCCUCCCGCCCCCCCUCUUCCCAGUGAGGGAAUUCCUCCCGCCCCCCCUCUUCCCGGUGUGGGAAUUCCUCCCGCCCCCCCUCUUCCCGGUGAGGGAAUUCCUCCCGCCCCCCCUCUUCCCAGUGAGGGAAUUCCUCCCGCCCCCCCUCUUCCCGGUGUGGGAAUUCCUCCCGCCCCCCCUCUUCCCGGUGUGGGAAUUCCUCCCGCCCCCCCUCUUCCCGGUGUGGGAAUUCCUCCCGCCCCCCCUCUUCCCAGUGAGGGAAUUCCUCCCGCCCCCCCUCUUCCCGGUGUGGGAAUUCCUCCCGCCCCCCCUCUUCCCGGUGUGGGAAUUCCUCCCGCCCCCCCUCUUCCCAGUGAGGGAAUUCCUCCCGCCCCCCCUCUUCCCGGUGUGGGAAUUCCUCCCGCCCCCCCUCUUCCCGGUGUGGGAAUUCCUCCCGCCCCCCCUCUUCCCGGUGUGGGAAUUCCUCCCGCCCCCCCUCUUCCCGGUGUGGGAAUUCCUCCCGCCCCUCCUCUGCCCGGUGAGGGAAUUCCUCCCGCCCCCCCUCUUCCCGGUGUGGGAAUUCCUCCCGCACCCCCUCUUCCCGGUGUGGGAAUUCCUCCCGCCCCCCCUCUUCUCAGUGAAGGAAUUCCUCCCGCCCCCCCUCUUCCCAGCGUGGGAAUUCCUCCCGUGCCCCCUCUUCCCAGUGAAGGAAUUCCUCCUGCCCCCCCUCCUCCUUUGCCAGGUGUGAGGGUUCCACCUCCUCUAGCCCCACCCCCUCCUCUCCCUCCUGGAACAGGUGUCCCCCCACCCCCCCCACCCCCUCUGCUUCCUGGAUCCGGCCUUGCUCUCCCACCACAAGCUGGGAGUAGCACUUCACCAACACUGCAGGCGUGUGGAUUUCUUCCUCCACCGUUGCCAGCUGGCUUGUUUGGGUUCGGGUUGAACCAGGACAAAGGCAGCAGGAAGCAGCCAAUAGAACCUUGUCGGCCGAUGAAGCCUCUGUAUUGGACGAGAAUUCAACUGCACAGUAAAAGAGACUCCAGUGCUUCACUUAUUUGGGAAAAAAUUGAAGAGCCAUCCAUAGAUUGUCAUGAAUUUGAGGAAUUAUUUUCUAAAACUACUGUAAAGGAAAGGAAGAAACCGAUUUCUGACACCAUCACAAAGACCAAGGCUAAACAAGUUGUCAAGUUACUAAGCAACAAAAGGUCACAAGCAGUUGGAAUAUUGAUGUCUAGCCUUCACUUAGAUAUGAAAGAUAUACAACAUGCUGUGGUGAACUUGGACAAUUCCGUGGUUGACCUGGAGACCCUUCAAGCUCUCUAUGAGAAUAGAGCACAGUCAGAUGAACUGGAAAAAAUUGAAAAACACGGCCGGUCCUCCAAAGACAAGGAAAACGCCAAGUCUCUGGACAAACCUGAGCAGUUCCUUUACGAACUGUCACUAAUCCCCAACUUUUCAGAGCGAGUCUUUUGCAUCCUGUUUCAGUCCACAUUUUCAGAAAGCAUUUGCUCAAUUCGGCGCAAACUGGAGCUGCUACAGAAGUUGUGUGAGACAUUAAAAAAUGGCUCAGGGGUCAUGCAAGUUUUGGGUUUGGUCCUUGCCUUUGGCAACUACAUGAAUGGUGGAAAUAAGACUCGGGGACAGGCAGAUGGUUUCGGGUUAGACAUCCUCCCAAAGCUGAAAGACGUCAAAAGCAGUGACAAUAGCAGAAGCCUUUUGUCAUAUAUCGUUUCCUACUAUCUUCGCAAUUUUGAUGAGGAUGCUGGGAAGGAACAGUGUGUGUUUCCACUGCCCGAACCCCAGGACCUCUUUCAGGCCUCGCAGAUGAAGUUUGAAGACUUUCAAAAAGACCUCAGAAAACUCAAGAAAGACCUGAGAGCCUGUGAGGUUGAAGCAGGGAAAGUGUACCAGGUGUCCUCAAAAGAGCACAUCCAGCCAUUCAAAGAAAACAUGGAACAAUUUAUUUUUCAAGCUAAAAUUGACCAAGAAGCGGAGGAGAACUCACUGACAGAGACUCAUAAAUGCUUUUUGGAGACUACAGCCUAUUUCUUCAUGAGACCAAAAAUUGGAGAGAAGGAAGUGUCCCCAAAUGUUUUCUUCAGUAUCUGGCAUGAAUUCAGCUCCGACUUUAAAGACUUUUGGAAGAAAGAAAACAAACUUAUUCUACAAGAGAAAGUAAAAGAAGCUGAAGAGGUAUGUAGGCAGAAAAAGGGAAAAUCACUUUAUAAAAUAAAACCAAGACAUGACUCUGGAAUUAAAGCGAAAAUAAGCAUGAAAACCUGAACAAAGAAAAGCAGAAAGAAAAUGAGUCCCUGCAGCCACUUCCACAGAAUUCAGCCGACCUAGGGCAGGAAGGAAACUCAUCAUUUUGAUCACUUUUCUUCUUGGCCUCUUGCAUAAUCUUUGUGUUUUCCAGACAGUUCACUGAUUGUUGAAUUCUACUGUAUAUUAAAAAAAAAAAGAAAGGAAAAAAAGCAAAAGCAGUAGGCCAGUGGAGAAUGUGACACCUUUUCUUUUUGUAAAAGUUUAUGGUAUUUUACCGAUAGACCAAAAUAGCAUGUGUAAGAGGCAGUAUCUGCAUUAAUUCUGAACAUGCUAAACAGUAACCUUCAAUUUAAUGAUGUGCAAAUAGCCCUGUCACAGUGAAACACGUUCCGUUCUACUGACGACCAGUACUCCACAUCACUGCAUUUAGAGUUAUGGUUAAAAUGUUAUUUCUAGUGAAUUGUUUGUAUCAGUUUCACGUCUACAUAUAAAUUUUCUAUUUUGAAAUUGAAGUACCAUUUAUAUAUGUCAUAGUCAAGGCUUUCCCAGCUCUUGGGUUGGUCUCUGUAACUAUAUAUUUGUGAAAGAAGAUUUUCAUUUUUUUUUACUCAUCAGAUAAUGAAUAGAAAAGAAUAUAGCAAAAGGAAAACCCUUCCUAUAAAUCAUUUAAAAUAGGCAGGAAUCAGAAAUGAGGGUGUUUAUCAACUAUGUCCUUUGGGACAUUACAUAAAGCCAAUCUGCAGCAAAGGUCAAUUAAACCAAAGCUGUGCCUCUCUGUACUUUUACCAUUGCCCUUCACAAAGAAAAUGACACAAUUUUAAGGAAUUUAAAUAAAUGAUGCUCAUAAAAUUGCCAAACGUGACUAACUGGUGGCAAAAAAAGAGUAACUUUUAGAUGGAUUGGCAUCUACCUAGAACUUGUUACUUAAACCCAGCUGCCUGAGUAUUGUGACCUGAUUGGGGUUGUCUUUAUGUGUUAUGGCAGUUGAUUAAAAACUAUGAAAUGAGUAUGCAAGGAUUUAUGAUCUAAAGGCACCUAGGAAAAGAUUUUAUUUUAGAUUGAGAGGAAAAAAGUAAAUCUUCCACUCUCUAUGAAAGUAUUUUAAAAUCAGCUCCUGAUGCGUUGUGAUGGUUUUGUCUAACAUUAAUAGAUAUUUUAAAAAAUUCUUUUAAUGAUAUGUUUUGGGGUACAGCUGUGAAUAAAGGGGAGAAUGUGUUGCUAAUGUAAACCAAUCAUGGAAUCAACUUAAAAAGAAACUCUGAAUCAUAACUAUGUUUGUAUUUAUGUAGAGUACGGUCCUUAGCUUUCAGUGUGUAGUCGACAUGCACAGACACAGUAGUGGCUAUCGGGUUGCUGUUCUGCUGUUCUCCUAUCUCCUUCGGCCCCUCCAUGUGUACAUGACUUUCUUCAAUGAUAUAAUAGGGCAUUUAACAGAGAUCGCUAUGUGCAAUACUGUAUUUAGUGUUUCUAUUUUAAUUUUUCUAGGAUGUUAAUUUAUAUGAAAAUAAAAUGAAUAAUAAAAGA